AUGCCUAUGUUAGCCUUAUUGAUAUUGUUUUGGCUUAAUUUUGCUACUGCAAAACCUUCCUUACUCGCGCCUACGAUUGAACAGUGGCAAGUGGGAGAGCCCGACAAGGAACCUGUGUCAGUUUCCGGCCUUUUCCCAAACACGUUUAUGGACCCUACCUGCUCUGAAGAACAAAAGUCAAAGAUUACUAGUGCUUGGAAUGGAGCCAAAAAGCUAAUAGAAGCUCAAACGAGUUUCGACAGUAGCCACGACAGCGUCCCCCAUAAAACCUUUUUCGGUUUUGAUUGGAACGUAAAAGGUGACACUGAGGCCGAAUAUCGGACCACAAAAAUUGUCGAAAACAAUGAGCGCGCUGGAAAGCUAUUCAAGGGAGAAGUACCGGAUAAUGAACAAUUUAACUUUUAUUGUAAAGACAUAGAAGAUAAUUGUGAUGAAUCCGAAACCGCCGCAAUCUCUUGGUAUAAAAAAAAGGCUGGAAACCAGGGCUUCAUUCAAACAACGGUUUUCUGUCCAGAUUUCUUUGACGAGGUGGAUAAUCUAGAAGAACUAAUUGAGCAGUACAAAGACAAACCGGAUGAGCAAGUAAAGUUGGAACUUUUCGAGAUGACCGAUGCGAUAACAUUCUUGCACGAAACUUACCACUACCGCGUUGUGCACUUGAACAAACCUGCUAUACUUGACUAUGAUAGUAAGGCAGGAGACUAUGACACCGGCUCAUCAGAGGAUAACUGGUAUCUGGCUAGAGACAAAGGAACGAUAGAGACGUCUGUAAAUGCGGACUCAUACGUUUUCGUCGCACUAGUUAUUUAUCUUCAGCAGACUUUUAAAACUAGCAAUAUUGCUCUACCCGAGGACAUGCGGGGAAAAAACCCAUCAGAGAGAGAGAGCCUGGGAGUCAGCUGGCUCGGAAGACGAUAA